AUGACGCGAAUUGCCAUUCUCGAAUGUGACACCCCCAUUGACCCCGUCAAAGAUCGCUAUGGCACCUACGGCGACAUGUUCAAGAGGCUCCUCAACACCUCACUUGCUUCACUUGGGAGUACGAACACCACACUCGAAGUGACCAAAUGGAACGUGGUAGAAGACUCGGUGUUCCCUGACCCAGAGGACUUUGACGCACUUCUAUUGACCGGAAGCAAACACGAUGCUUUUUCAGAUGCGUCAUGGAUAGUCGAAUUAACGAACUACGUUGAACGAAUCCAUCAACACAAGAAACAUAUAAUCGGGAUCUGCUUUGGUCAUCAAAUCAUCGCCCGAGCAUUAGGUGCGCGAGUCGGUCGAAGUGAUGCCGGAUGGGAAGUAUCAGUCGAACAGAUCUCCCUGAGUGAUGCGGGAAAGGGGCUCUUCUCCAGACAUACCUUCUCAUUGCAUCAAAUGCACCGCGAUAUCGCCCAUGAAAUCCCCGCCGGAUGCGUGAACCUCGGCUCGACGCCCAUCUGUGAAGUGCAGGGGCUGUAUAUGCCAGGUCGCAUUCUCACGGUCCAGGGACAUCCGGAGUAUGAUGGGUUUGUGAUUAGCAGUUUGUUGGAGGCUCGGUAUAAGAUGGGGAUCUUUGAUGAGGAGACUUUUCGCAGUGGGACCGAGAGAGCGGGAAAGCCGCAUGAUGGGGUGUUGUUUGGGGAGGCUGUGUGGAGGUUUCUGUUAUCUUGA